AUGUUGAGGACGGAGAGUGAUACUGAAUCUGUCCAUCUGUCAGUCAGGUGGUGUGUUAGUUUAUAUAACAUAACAUGCCUGUGUGUGUGCAUACCAGGCUGGUUUGCAAGGCCCACCAGCACAGACACAAGCCAUGAUGCAGGGUCCAGACGUCACCUGAGAGAGUUUCUGGAUGAGAUGCGAGCAGAGAACAUCAGAGAUCAUCUGAGGAAGUUCACCCGGUUACCCCACCUGGCCGGUACAGAGCAGAACCUCCAAUUGGCUGAACAGAUAAAAGGGGAGUGGCUAGCGUAUGGUCUGGACUCAGUAGAGAUGGUACCUUAUGAUGUGCUGCUGUCAUACCCCAACAUAUCACAGCCCAACUACAUCUCUAUAGUAGACGAGCUUGGCAACGAGAUGUUCAACACUUCUCUAUCAGAGCCGGUUCCUGAGGGAUAUGAGAAUGUCUCUGACAUCGUUCCUCCCUACAGCGCCUUCUCAGCGCAGGGACAACCAGUGGGUGACCUGGUUUAUGUGAACUAUGGGCGUACAGAGGACUUCUUCCAGCUGGAGAGAGAGAUGGGGAUCAACGUCACUGGGAAGAUCGUCAUAGUCAGAUAUGGAAAUAUCUUCAGAGGAAACAAGGUGAAGAAUGCGAUGCUUCAUGGGGCGAGCGGUAUAAUCAUGUUCUCAGACCCUGCAGAUUACUGCGCCCCAGGAGUUCAGCCAUACCCCGACGGGUGGAACCUUCCAGGUGGAGGGGCACAGAGGGGUAAUGUCCUCAACCUGAAUGGGGCAGGAGACCCCCUCACGCCAGGGUAUCCUGCUAAAGAAUACACUUACAGGUACAACCUGGAGGAAGGGGUGGGGCUUCCUAAAAUUCCAGUGCAUCCUAUUGGCUAUCAUGAUGCCAUCCAACUACUAAAGAAUAUGGGAGGAGACAUCCCACCCAAUAACUGGAAGGGAGCGUUAAAUGUGUCCUAUCGGAUUGGACCGGGCUUCACUGACGGCUUCAGUACACAGAAGGUGCGUAUGAACAUCCACACCAACAACCAGGUGACCCGGAUAUACAACGUCAUCGGGAGGUUACGAGGGGCCGUGGAGCCAGACCGCUAUGUGAUCCUGGGGGGCCACCGGGAUGCCUGGGUGUUCGGGGGGAUCGACCCGGUAACGGGAGCUGCCGUGGUGCACGAGAGUGUAAGGAGCGCUGGGAAACUGCUCAGAAAAGGCUGGAGGCCCAGGAGGUCCAUAGUAUUUGCCAGUUGGGAUGCAGAGGAGUUUGGACUGCUGGGAUCAACAGAGUGGGCUGAGGAAAACGCCAAAGUGCUGCAGGAGAGAGCAGUGGCUUACAUCAAUGCAGACUCAGCAAUAGAGGGUAUGUACACAUUGAGGAUAGACUGCACCCCCUCUCUCCACACCUUAGUGUACGACAUCACCAAACAGGUGUCCAGUCCAGAGGAGGGAGAGGAGGGGUUGUCUCUGUAUGAGAGCUGGCACAAGCGCGACAACUGGACAGAUGACCGCGAUGCACCCCGGAUCAGUAAGCUGGGUUCAGGCAGUGACUUUGAGGCGUAUUUUAUUCGACUGGGCAUCGCAGCAGGCAGGGCCCGAUACACCAAGAACAGGAAGACAGAGCGGUACAGCAGCUACCCAGUGUAUCACAGUGUGUAUGAGACCUUUGAGUUGGUGGAGAGGUUCUACGACCCUUCCUUCCGGAAGCUCAGAGCAGUAGCUCAGGUCAGGGGAGGCCUCAUCUUCCUAUUGGCUGAUUCCCAGCUCCUCCCCCUGGAUGCCAGUCAAUACGCUGGCUCUCUGACAAAGUAUGCCCACACCAUCGCUCAGCUGGGACAAAAACACCCAGAUGCUCUUGUGAAAUACGGGGUAUCAUUCGAUUCUUUGUUCUCUGCGGUGGAGAACUUCACUGUGGCUGCUAGGGACUUCCAUGAGCGUCUCACCACUCUGGACAGGACAGACCCUAUACAGAUACGUAUGGUCAAUGACCAGCUAAUGUACCUGGAGAGAGCCUUCGUGGACCCGCUAGGUUUACCUGGCCGACCAUUCUACAGACAUGUGAUCUUUGCUCCCAGCAGUCAUAAUAAAUAUGCUGGCGAGUCCUUCCCUGGCAUUUAUGAUGCGCUGUUCGACAUCGAGCAUACAGCCAAUCCCAAAGAGGCGUGGGAUGAAGUGAGGCGACAGAUCAGCAUCGCUGCGUUUACCGUCCAAGCUGCCGCCAUGACACUCACACCUCCUGCCUAACGAAAAGAUCUCUCUCACACACACACACACACACACCUCCUGCCUAACGAAAAUAUCUCUCUCACACACACACACACACACACACACACACUCACACCUCCUGCCUAACAAAAAGAUCUCUCACACACACACACACACACACCUCCUGCCUAACGAAAAGAUCUCUCUCACACACACACACACACACACACACUCACACCUCCUGCCUAAAGAAAAGCUCUCUCUCACACACACACACACACAGCAACUGAGAAAGACACACCAGCCCUGCCUUACACUCCAUGCUUUAUCUGAGCCAGUAGUCUGAAGCCACAUCCUCUCCCAUCGCUAUCUGGCUGCUUUUAGUAAAACUGCACCAUUUUGAAAAUAAAAACAGACUUUUAAUGAAGUAAUGGUUUGUGAACUUCAUCCCUCUGGUAUAAAGAUAGCCCAUCCUGAGCAGUGUAAUUACAAUGUAGGUGCAGAGUUUCAUUACGUUGUGUGAUAGCAAAGAGUGAAACUAAAUCACAGAUUUAACAACCCAAAACAACGACAGUUAAAGCACGACCAUGAUGAAUGAUAAGGUAAGAGAACAUCGUUUGACCAGUUAAAUUCGCUGGAAGGCAGCUGAUAUCAAUAAAAUGCCACACACAGUCUCAAAUGCACUUAACAAAGAAGUGGACUGAUACGUGUGUGUGCGUGUGUGUGUGUGGUCGAGAACUGCUGACAUUCUGACUCGCUGUACCUAAUUACUCAUUCGUUAUAGAUCCUGAUCCAUUAGUUACAGAUCCAGAUCCAUUAGUUACAGAUCCGGAUCCAUUAGUUACAGAUCCAGAUCCAUUAGUUACAGAUCCAGAUCCAUUAGUUACAGAUCCUGAUCCAUUAGUUACAGAUCCAGAUCCAUUAGUUACAGAUCCUGAUCCAUUAGUUACAGAUCCUGGUCCAUUAGUUACAGAUCCAGAUCCAUUAGUUACAGAUCCUGAUCCAUUAGUUACAGAUCCUGAUCCAUUAGUUACAGAUCCAGAUCCAUUAGUUACAGAUCCUGAUCCAUUAGUUACAGAUCCAGAUCCAUUAGUUACAGAUCCCGAUCCAUUAGUUACAGAUCCUGAUCCAUUAGUUGCAGUUACAGAUCCUGAUCCAUUAGUUACAGAUCCUGAUCCAUUAGUUACAGAUCCCGAUCCAUUAGUUACAGAUCCAGAUGAGGGUUUCUAUGGUGAUAGCUGCCUGGAUCUCUUUUCAGUGAGAAGAUAGAGGUAGUAGGAAGACCUGAUGGUUAUUGCCUUCAGACAGUGUUUCAAUGCAGUGAAGUUUAGUCUCUGCAUUCGGAGUAGAAUGUCAUCGGUGUCAUUAGUGCCCAGUGUAAUUCUACAGCUAAAUAUAGAAAGCCUGCGUACAUACGACAUACAUACUGCUAUCAGCCUACCAUCAACAGGGUACAGGUUCAUUCAAACAUAUGGGAGCAGCAUGUACCGUGUGCUAGAUUUCAUUCUCUGUCUGGUUCUAUGCAUUCCAUUUUCCAUUCUCCUUCCCCCUCUCAGUGUGCGUGUCUGUGGGAGAGGGAAGGUCCAGAUGGGCCCAGGUGAUUGGCUCCAGUAUAUCACCUAGGAGACAUGAGAGGGAGAUCAAUUAUAUGAAUACCACAGAGAUCCUAUUAAAUUACUUAGUAACUUGAUAAGAGAUUACUUAGAGAUCUAAUUGUUUCUUUUUUUUACCCCCUUUUCUUCCUAAUUUCGUGAUUACGAUCUGGUCUCAUCGCUGCGACUCCCCAACGGGCUCGGGAGAGGUGAAGUUCAGCGUGAUGAGCCAAGUAAAGCCCCCCCCCCCCCCCCCCCCCCAUAGAUAGAGAAGAUGGCCUGGCUGCCAGUCUGGUGCCAAUCAAACCUACACGGUACUACCUUCAUCCCCAUGGACAGAGGGAGAGGGAGACAGACACCGAGAGAGAGCUGGAGUGUAGAGAGAGAGAGAGAAAGGCAGAGUUGAGUGAGAGAGGGCGGGAGAGAGAGAUAGCAAAAGACAGAGGGGGCCAUAGGUACUUCUGAUUGUAUGUACCUAAGGCUGUCUGAGUCAGUGCCUGAGCUAAACUCUGAAGGGGUCCUGACCUUAUCUGGUGUCCUCCAGAGGUGACCUCCUGUGGUGCAGCCCUCCUGGGCCAGGAAACAGUUAAAAGACUGAUGUCUUCCUCCUACAGCAGCUCCAGAACUUCAUCCUGACAGACAGGGGACAGAACAGAGGCCAACAACACAUCUAUCCAGACAAACUAGACAGGAGGAGGACAUAUUAGCAUCAGAAUAUCAAGUGUUUUUGGGUCUCACCCCUCAUGGAAGUUGGCAGGGUGGUUGUUUACACUUCUCCUCGUUACUCCCUGGACCAGAGAAAGACUGCAACCGAGAGAAACCAGGAUACACACCAUAAACAACAGAUCACACUAAAAAGAUCAUCAAACUCCUCUAAACAUCUAUGAACAGGAGUAGUACUCUACCUUGGAGCAGCCUCCAUUCUUACAGGAUGUGCCAAUAUUCACAUCCUCCCGUCCGAGAUAGAGAGAGAGAGAGCCUACCCACCUCUCAAUCCUAUCAGAACCAGGUUAAAAAGUCCAUUAUUACAGCAGCCUACCUGUGUUCUCAAGCUGCCUGCUCUCUGCCAGCUGGAGUUUCUCCAGAACCUGUUUCAGAGAGGAGAACACCUUCUGCUGAAGUCUGGCCAGGGGCUCAUCACCACUGAAACACCUUAGCUUUCUUGGGAACAGGAACAAUGGUGGCCCUCUUGAAGCAUGUGGGAACAGCAGACUGGGAUAGGGAUUGAUUGAAUAUGUCCGUAAACACACCAGCCAGCUGGUCUUGCGCAUGCUCUGAUGACGCGACUAGGGUAGCCGUCUGGGCUGGCAGCCUUGCGAGAGUUAACACGUUUAAAUGUUUUACUCGCGUUGGCUGCAGUGAAGGAGAGCCCGCAGGUUUUGGUAGUGAGCCGUGUCGGUGGCACUGUAUUGUCCUCAAACCAAGCAAAGAAGUUGUUUAUUUUGUUUGGGAGCAAGAGAUCGGGGUCCGCGACGGGGCUGGUUUUCCUUUUGUACUCUGUGAUUGACUGUAGACCCUGCCACAUACCUGACUUGCCUAGUUAAAUAAAGGUAAAAUAAAUACCAUCUACUGCAUCUUGUCUAUGCCAUUCAACCAUCGCUCAUCCAUAUAUUUAUAUGUACAUAUUCUCAUUCCUUUACACUUGUGUGUAAAAGGUAGUUGUGAAAUUGUUAUAUUACUUGUUAGAUAUUACUGCACGGUCAGAACUAGAAGCACAAGCAUUUAGCUACACUUGCAUUAACAUCUGCUAACCGUGUGUAUGUGACCAAUACAAUUUGAUUUAUUUGACACACACUUGUGAUCACUAAGGAUAAAUACAAACUGUGUGUGUAUGUGCAUGAGUUUGUGUGUGUUACCUCGGUCUAUGUAUCAGCUCCAGUGGUUUAGGAGCCUGGAUGACACAGGGGUCACCCCGAGGCUUUAGCUCCAUUCUCUCUCCUCCCCUCCGAGUUCUUCACUUCUGGCCUGAUCGGCUCCGCAGGCUUCUCUCUGUUAUGGAUACCUCUGCUGCGGCCCUGAGGAGAGAAACAACCUUCUAACUUCUCUCUGUUAUGGAUACCUCUGCUGCAGUCCUGAGGAGAGAAACAACCUUCUAACUUCUCUCUGUUAUGGAUACCUCUGCUGCAACCCUGAGGAGAGAAACAACCUUCUAACUUCUCUCUGUUAUGGAUACCUCUGCUGCGGCCCUGAGGAGAGAAACAACCUUCUAACUUCUCUCUGUUAUGGAUACCUCUGCUGCAGUCCUGAGGAGAGAAACAACCUUCUAACUUCUCUCUGUUAUGGAUACCUCUGCUGCGGCCCUGAGGAGAGAAACAACCUUCUAACUUCUCUCUGUUAUGGAUACCUCUGCUGCAGUCCUGAGGAGAGAAACAACCUUCUAACUUCUCUCUGUUAUGGAUACCUCUGCUGCGGCCCUGAGGAGAGAAACAACCUUCUAACUUCUCUCUGUUAUGGAUACCUCUGCUGCAACCCUGAGGAGAGAAACAACCUUCGAACUUCUCUCUGUUAUGGAUACCUCUGCUGCAGUCCUGAGGAGAGAAACAACCUUCUAACUUCUCUCUGUUAUGGAUACCUCUGCUGCGGCCCUGAGGAGAGAAACAACCUUCUAACUUCUCUCUGUUAUGGAUACCUCUGCUGCGGCCCUGAGGAGAGAAACAACCUUCUAACUUCUCUCUGUUAUGGAUACCUCUGCUGCGGCCCUGAGGAGAGAAACAACCUUCUAACUUCUCUCUGUUAUGGAUACCUCUGCUGCGGCCCUGAGGAGAGAAACAACCUUCUAACUUCUCUCUGUUAUGGAUACCUCUGCUGCAACCCUGAGGAGAGGAACAACCUUCUAACUUUAGCAUAUCCACAUUUCAUCUCCACUUCUAACUUUAGCAUAGGAAACUUUAGAUUGGCCUCUACUCUUCUAUCUCAGAGAGGGAUGCCAAGAGUGUGCAAAGCUGUCAUCAAGGCAAAGGGCGGCUAUUUUGAAGAAUCAAAUGUUUUUGUUUGUUUAACACCUUUUUGGUUACUACAUGAUGCCGUAUGUUUUAUUUCAUAGUUGUGAUGUCUUCACUAUUAUUCUGCAAUGUAUAAAAUAGUAAAAAAUAAAGAAAAACCCUUGAAUGAGUAGGUGUGUCCAAACUGUUGACUGGUGCUGUAUGUAGCGUUGUACUGUAACUCACUAGACUGGGUUUUCUAUCUUCUUCUCCACUGACUCACACCUCAUGCACAAUUCUAUAAAACAUACAUUAUUACAUAAACUCCCUUGUCAAUUUUGCACAAAAUCAUUAACAAUAGUACAUUACAAAUAAAAUACAAUUGUAUUUGUCACAUGCUGUCACACCCUGACCUUAGAGAGCUUUUAUGUCUUUAUUUUGGUUUGGUCAGGGUGUGAUUUGGGUGGGCAUUCUAUGUUCCUUUUUCUAUGUUUUGUAUUUCUAUGUUUUGGCCGGGUUUGGUUCUCAAUCAGGGACAGCUGUCUAUCGUUGUCUCUGAUUGGGAACCAUACUUAGGAGGGAAAACGCUACCUAUGUUUUGUGGGUAGUUGGUUUCUGUUUAGUGUUCUGCACCUGGCAGGACUGUUUCGGUUUCCCUCUUGGUAUAUUUGGUUCGAGUGUUUGUUGAUCCAAUAAAAUCAUGAACACUU